AUGUCUGACAACGGUAACAAUGGAUGGCAAUCAUUUGAGCGCACAACUCUUGAGGCGUCGAUCCCGGGCCAAGAAUUUUCUUUUAACCAGCCCUACUCUGAGAGAUCCAUGAACAUGUUUGUUGAUCAUACUAAAGAAUAAAUGAACGAAUUUUUACAGCUACCCCCUAACAAACUACACGUUCGGUACGAAAGACGCGUUGGCUGAGAAAGAUAAUUCGGUGGCGACGCGUUUCAAAAGAAUGCGCGAAGAAUAUGAAGAGGUUUUCUAAAUUUGAUGGUUCUCUCAGAAAGAAAAUUUUUUCGAUUCUCAUUUUUUGAAACUUCUAUCUUCCUAGGAAUUUAAAAUUUGCCAAAAAAUCAAACUUUGAAAAUUUUCGGAUGAAAGUUCGUCCAAGACUCGUUACUUCAUUGGAGAUUUGAGAGAAUUUUUCUGCUAGAACAAAAGUUUCUAAAAGUUCAAUAGAAAGACUUUAAAAAAAUUUACACUUUAAAAAUGCAUACAUGUGAUUUAGAACCGUUUACGCCUUGAAAUGAUCCAAAAUUAUUGAUAAUCUUUAAAGCUACUAAUAUUAGUCUUUGAAUAUUCGUUCCGUUUUCUUUUCGUGAUUUUGAGCUCUUAAGUAUUAUCGAUAUUAUCCGAAAGUUGUUGCUAAACAGUGAAAACAUCAAAAUUAGUCAUUGAAACAGUUUUCCCACUUUCUUUCCGUGAUAAAAAUGUAUUCAAAAUGAUUUAAGCACGGAAUGAGAAGAUCGGUCGACGCAGUGUUGGUCGUCCAUGAACACAGUCUUCCACACAUUUUGCUCCUUCAAAUCGGCUCCAGUUUCUUCAAAUUGUUAGUUUUUCAGAUGACUUUGUGGAAUUUCGUGAAAUAAAAAAAAACACAGUUGUUUUCAUAGUCUGUGUGCCACGAGUUGCGUGCGUUCGCGAAGCGUCUUUCGAAUCUAGGUCACGCUUUUAAUUGAUUGUUAUUGCUGUGGGAGCGCAUGAAAGUAGAGUACCUGGAUAAAAGAAAAUAAAAAUUAAAGCGCGACCACGGUUCGCAAAGGCGCGCAGCGGCACAGCGGAAUGUCGUUCGGUGAAAUUCCAAGCCGUGGUACACAGCCUAUAUCAAAUUUUCAGGAUGAAUAAACAUAUGAUUUAAUGGAAUUCUCAUUUUUCAGGCCCGGCGGUGAAUUGGAACCCGGGGAAGAUGAGCAGACGGGAAUGGUUCGGCUCUUAAAUGAGACUUUGGGAAGGACCGAUGGGUUGGAGAAUGAAUGGUCCAUUGAGGUUAGUUCUGAGGAAUAAAAAAAUGUUUAUAUUUAGGGGUUUUAAGGAUUAAAACCGUUAGAAAUCUUGAAAAAGAAAGGUUUUUCCGAUACUCUCUGGAUGUGGAAGCUGUUCAUCAGAAAACGAAAAUAAAUAUUGCUUUCGAUAUUUCAAAAAUCAUUCCUAGAAUACCUAAUACCUGAAAAUCAAAAAAAUAAAGGAAAAAAACUUCCAGGACGUUGUCGGCAACUGGUGGCGACCGAAUUUCGAUCCUCCAAGGGUGAAUUCAUAUUCUUAUCCAGUUUAUUUGUGACUUUUUCUUUUUCCUAACUGUUCUUCAGAAGCAAUUUGAUUGAAAAAAAGAAAGUUUGAAUCAAAUUUUUUUCUUACAGUACCCAUACAUUCCGGCCCACGUUACGCGACCAAAAGAGCAAACAAAAUUGCUGCUGGUUCGACUUCCGUCCAAAUGUUUGUACUCGUUCCAAGUUGAUUUUGACUCUCGAAUUCCCCCUUUCCAGCACUUUUCGCCGUGCCGAAAAACUUCAAACUUGUCGCGGCGCCACUUUUUGAACUCUACGAUAACGCGGCGGCCUACGGACCGCUCAUUUCGAGUCUUCCGGUCGUUUUAAGCAGGUUUCUGAAAAGAUUUUUCGGGGUUGAAAUUCGAGGAAAAGUUUGAUCAUAAAAAAAGGAACAUCUGAAUCCAAAAUUGAGCUUUUCUUUUAGCUUAAAUUAAAUCCAAAGAAAACCCCCCAGUAAAAAGUUUUUGUCUGAAGGAAAAAGAAAUUCAAGUUUUUUGUGGGUUGUCACGAGGAUCACAAGUAACUUAGCUUUAUAAAAUCGGAUAGAGAUCCAUAGAAUUCGAGAGAAGGUUAAUUAUUGUAUUGAGUUGAUUAAAAUGAUCAGACUUUUCACUAAAUGAAAAUAGAGGUUGGCAUCCAAAAGAGCGGCUUCAUUAAAAAACGAAGAGGAACAUUCGAAGGAAUUACGGUUCCUAAGAGGUAAAAAAAACUUUUGUGCGAAAUUCAGAAUUCAUAGCUCUCGCAACAUUUUCCUAUGAAAAAUCGUGAGAACAUAAUUUUUGGCGUAAAACGUGUUGCCGCAAUUUCCCAAGGAUCGUUCUGUUUUAUGGGAAAGCCACGUCGAUUUAUUCCUUCCGGAGAAAAUCGAAAUCGCAUUAUUUCAUCAGCAUAACAUCACCAAAAGAAGAGAGAAAAAUGGCAGACGAAAUUUAAAAUUAUUCCUUUCUUCCCAAGGAGCCCUUUUUUAGGACAUUUAUUUUUGGAAACUAAAUUCCCAUCAAACAAUAAAGCCGUGUUCAGAGUAAUUUCGGCGAUUUCAAAAAAAUUGACGCGAUAUAAUUUUUUGAAUGAUUUCACGAAGUUAGAGUUUAAAGAGCUGUUAAAGAAUUGAGUUCUACAACUACAGUACCGCUCAAAAGUAUAUUAAGUUUUGGUUUUUUGAGGAUAUCUCAGCGAGUACUCAUCCGAUUUAUAUAUAACUUUCAGGGAUUAUGUAAAAUAUACUUUGAAACAUAUACGGUAUACAAAUACAUGUCCGCAAUCACUGUGACGCUUUUUUUAGGAAUUUUUUUGAAUUAAAUUUUUUGUUUUUUUAUGCUUUUUAUUUUUUUAUUUAUUUUUUUAUUAAAUUUUUUUAAAAGUAAUAAUGUUGCCAUAUGUUUUUUUCAUGUUUACAGACAUGAAAAAGAACCUCUGGUAGAAAAAGAAUUUGACUGAUAACGACAAAAGAGCCAUCGUUGUGGGUCGUCAAAAUGGACUGACCAUGAUGACGUUGGCUGGAAUGUUCGGCGUGACAGAGGCGUGCAUUUCUCAGUUCCUAAAACGUUGGAAAGCUCAAGAUGGCUCUAUUAAGAGUCAACGCACUGGAAGACCACGUGUCACGGAUCUUAAUGACAAUAGAAACAUUUUGAAGACGUCUAGAACCAAUCCAUGACUCCCCGCCCCUGCGAUCAGACGGGAAGUUUUCUUGAAUUCGCCAUCUCCGCCAUCCGUCUCGACCGUGAAACGAUGUCUGAAUGCUGCUGGAAUAAUGGAAAGACGUCCAGUGAAGAAACCGCUGAUUUCUGAAAAGAAUCGAGCCGCCAGGGUGAAGUGGGCGAAGGAGCAUCUCAACUGGACCCGUCAAGACUGGAACAAGAUUCUGUGGUCCGACGGAACGGUCCUCCACCAUGUUUCACAGUGGGUAAUUGGUAUUUCGGAUGAUAUCUGGACCCAAUUGGUCUACGAACCCACUGAAUUACGUCACUUCCGAAGAGGAGGAACUUGCUUUCGUCGGACCGCAGAAUCUCGUUCCAGUCUUGACGGGUCCAGUUGAGAUGCUCCUUCGCCCACUUCACCCUGGCGGCUCGAUUCUUUUCAGAAAUCAGCGGUUUCUUUACUGGACGUCUUUCCAUUAUUCCAGCAGCAUUCAGACAUCGUUUCACGGUCGAGACGGAUGGCGGAGAUGGCGAAUUCAAGAAAACUUCCCGUCUGAUCGCAGGGGCGGUGAGUCAUGGAUUGGUUCUAGACGUCUUCAAAAUGUUUCUAUCGUCAUUAAGAUCCGUGACACGUGGUCUUCCAGCGCGUUGACUCUUAAUAGAGCCAUCUUGAGCUUUCCAACGUUUUAGGAACUGAGAAAUGCACGCCUCUGUCACGCCGAACAUUCCUGCCAACGUCAUCAUGGUCAGUCCAUUUUGACGACCCACAACGAUGGCUCUUUUGUCGUUAUCAGUCAAAUUCUUUUUACCAGAGGUUCUUCUCAUGUCUGUAAACAUGAAAAAAAACAUAUGGCAACAUUAUUACUUUCAAAAAAUUUAAUAAAAAUAAAUAAAAAUAAAAGCAUAAAAAACAAAAAAAAUUGAAUUCAAAAACAAAUUCCUAAAAAGCGUCACAGUGAUUGCGGACAUGUAUUUGUAUACCGUAUAUGUUUCAAAGUAUAUUUUACAUAAUCCCUGAAAGUUAUAUAUAAAUCGGAUAAGUACUCGCUGAGAUAUCCUCAAAAAAACCAAAAACUUAAUAUACUUUUGAGCGGUACUGUAUAUAUUGCAAUAUAUGACUUUCUAAGGCAACUUUCGAGCGCGAGUUUGGAAUUUUUUAGUUAACAAUGACCAGCUAACUUAAAAGUUUGUAGCUCCCGCGUAAAAGCCAAUCAUUCAAACACUCAAUCACACACCAAGAAAAAUCAUUUUUAACUCAUUUUUUUUUGUGGACGACGUUUUCGAACAGCUGAUUUGCUUUUCGCGACAAUUUAUCCAUUUGUAUGAGAUUUUAGGGAUGCAUUGAUAGAACCAAUUCUAUUUUAUCAAACAAAUUAGUUUCUCAGGUUCAACUUCGUCUUCAAAGAUGCUGAAUGA